AUGUUACACGUGCCCGGCGCCAAACAUCGAGCUGCUGAUACCGUUUCUCGUCACCCAGUUGGGAAAUCUGAUAGCAUGGUUUUAAUCGAUGAUAUUGCUUCUGUUCAUAUCUGCAACAAGAAUGAGGCGCAACAUACCAUCCAAACACAUAAUCACAAAAUCGCAGAUGACACACUGGAAAUCCCAUUGAAAAGUAGCGAAGCUAUCUUCUACUCGACAGCAUUGUCAUCAGUCACCUCACUUCAGUGUAUAACCUGGGAUAGAAUAAGGACUGCCACAACAAGCGACGAGUACAUGUUCCAGCUCGUACAGAUGAUUGAAAGUGGCAUCCCAGAAACACGAAACGAUCUUCCAGUUCCCCUGAGAGAAUAUCAUCAGUUCCGUAACAACCUCUCCACUAUCGAUGGAGUCAUCAUAUAUAAGGACAGAAUAGUGAUACCACCUUCAUUGAGAACAGACGUGCUGACAGCGCUACACUCAGCCCACCAAGGCACUUCAUCCAUGAUGUCAAGAGCAGAAACAUCUGUGUUUUGGCCCGGCAUAUGCAACGACAUCACCAAGCUUAGAAACUCAUGCAACCAUUGCAACAGAAAUGCCCCAUCCCAACCCAGCGCCCCGCCAACUCCAUCUGUCUACCCCUUAUAUCCAUUUCAGUGUGUUUGUGCCGACUUUUUCCACUACAAAGGCGGCAAUUACCUGGUGAUUGUAGACAGAUACUCAAAUUGGCCAAUUGUUGAAAGGGCACAAGAUGGCGCAUCUGGCCUUGUUGAUUGCUUACGCCGCACAUUCGUCACAUUUGGAAUACCAGAUGAACUGUCUUCUGAUGGCGGCCCGGAAUUUACAGCUUCAACAACCAGAGAUUUCCUAAAAACAUGGGGUGUGCACCACAGGCUUUCUUCUGUAGCCUUUCCUCAUAGCAAUUGUAGAGCAGAAGUUGGCGUGAAGACUGUGAAGCGCAUGAUCACAAACAACACUGGUCCAAAUGGUGAAUUGGACACAGACUCCUUCCAGCGUGCAGUGCUGCAAUACCGUAACACUCCAGACAGGGAUACGAAAUUAUCGCCAGCAAUGUGUGUUUUUGGGCGGGCCAUUCGAGACUUCAUCCCAAUCUUACCAGGCCGCUAUAAGCCACACGAGACAUGGAGUGAUACGCUUACCCUGAGAGAAGAGGCUUUACGUAUCAGACACAUGAAGACCGCCGAACGCUUAGCUGAACAUACGAAGCGUCUGCUGCCACUAAAAGUUGGAGACCUCGUCAGGAUUCAAAACCAAACUGGACCAUAUCCGAGAAAAUGGGAUAAAACCGGAACUGUUAUAGAGGUUCACCAAUAUGACCAAUACGUCGUACGUAUCGACGGGUCGGGCAGAAUCACGCUUCGCAAUCGAAAGUUUCUACGCAAGUAUACACCUGUGUAUUCUCCCCCUGAAAAGCAAUCCAUAGAGCAGGACUUGAAACAUUACUUCAAAAGGGACAUUCCAAACUUUACACCACCGACGAGCGGAACUCCAGUGGUCCCGGCAAAUCCUUUGAAGCCCAGUCUGGACAUCAAUCCACAAGGGAUCAGUAAGCGUGCACCAGCUUCACAAGAUCUGAGUAACAGUCCACCUCCUGUGCAGGAUAGGACGUCUCAUACAGUCCAAUCUAAACCGCAAACACCCUUGGCAUUGGACGGAUCCCCACAAAUGGUUAAUUCGUCUCCCUCUCCAGCAUCGCCCAGGCUACCGCCGUCACCACAUCCUCCAACUACCUCACCUGCAACACCAGUCACACCCAGGAGGAUCGUGACAAACAGACCAGAGCAACUAUCCGUUGACCUUACCCCAAGACGUCCUAAUCGACAACGACAAGAGCCAAAAUGGCUUAGUGAUUAUGAGCAUUAA